AUGAGUGAGGGUGCCACCUCGCCGGCGCUGGAGCCGGAGGUGGCGCCUUUUCCGGACAACGACGACCUCCAUCGGGAGAUCUUUCUCCGUCUCCCGCCGCUCCCCUCGUCGCUGCCCCGCGCCUCCCUCGUCUGCAAGCGCUGGCGCCGCCUCCUCUCCGACCCCGCCUUCCUCCGCCGCUUCUGCGCCCACCACCGGGCGCCUCCCCUCCUCGGAUUCUUUGCCGACGAAGACGGCGACAUCGAGUUCGUGCCCACGCUGCGCCGGCCCGACCGCAUCCCCGGCGUGCGCUUCUCCCUGCCGCGGCGCGGCGACGACUACUUGAGCUUCCUCGGCUGCCGCCACGGCCUCGCCCUCCUCGUCCGAGGCCGUGGUGUGGAACCCCGUCACCGGCAGCCAGUGCCGCGUGCCUUUCCCACCGGAGUUCAACAAAAGACACGUCUACCACAAAGGCGCCGUGCUGAGCUCCUCAGGCGAUGGCCACGUGCACGUGACAUCCUUGAGUUUGAUUUGGAUGGCCAGAGUCUAGCCAUGAUUCAGAAGCCAGAGGACCCCCGUGUUACAAACAAUUCAGGCAUUCAGGCCCUGCGAGUAGAAGGUAACAAGCUUGGCCUUGCAACUUUGUCAAAGCUGAGCAUCCAAUUGUGGCAGAGAGAGACCAAUUCAGAUGCUGCUGGCAGGUGGGUGCCAUGGAAAACUAUUGAACUAGACAAGCUCCUUCCACUAAGUCGGUUAAUGAGGAUAUGGCCAACAACGAUUCUGGGGUUUGAUGAGGAUAGCAAUGCUUUCUUUAUUUGUACGAGUGUUGGCAUCUACAUGAUCCAGCUUGAGUCAACACAGUUCACGAAACUUUUCGAAGGCGAUUCGUUUACUGCCUAUUAUCCCUACACAAGUUUAUAUACUGCAGGUGAUGUCUUCACUUCUACUGGGUUAGAUUAG